UGUAUCUUCGUGACCAUUUGAAAGAGUUUCAAAUUCUUUAUCAAAUUCAUUGAUAAAAUUCUCACUCGAAAUGUUUCUGUUACAUGCCGAUCCCUCAAAAUACAUCUGAAGUAUCUUAAGCACAAGCAUGGCUAACAGUAGAUGAAAAUAAGAUAAUGAGAUUGAAACAUGAGAUCUUGAAAUUUCGUGGUUCGGCGACCGACAGAUUUUUUUUCUCUGCUGCUUUUGGCAUCGGUGGCAAACAGUUAGAAUGAUACAAGUUAAUAAUUCCCCUGGGCCAAUUGCAGCCCAACAAAAACCACCGCUUGUAGAUGUUCCAGAUGAAAAAUUCAACCCUGUCUCCAUGCUAAAUGACAAAUGGGACAAGAUAGCAAUUAUGAACAUGAUUGAUAAUCCACAACCAUAUCGCGAAAAAAUCAUUAUUCCUCAUUCAUUGGGUGGUGGCUGUAUCACAACAAAUAAAAAAAAAUAUGUCAAAUGGUGUACGAAGUUGUGUGAAUGAAAGUAUAACUAGUGGUAUUGCAGGUUUGGCUUUGGGAGCUGGUAUUGAUUUGUUUAGUAUAACUGUGAUACCAAAUGUUGUAUCUAUUAAAAAACCAUAUAGAUUCACAAAAGUUUUAAGAGACUCGAAUAUCGCUACUUUUUCUACUGCAAAAAGUUUUGUUCUUAUUCGUGCCGUCUUCUCAGCUGCUGAAUUUACAAUAGAAUUUUAUCGAGGAAAAAAUGAUUCGAAAAAUGGUACCUAUGCAGCAGCAUUGACAGGAGGCAUGCUGGCGCUAAGAGCGGGAAAAAUGGGCUUUGUAGGGGCAUUUGGUUUUGCAGCCUUUUACGCAUAUACCCAUCACAUAUAUUAUUACAUGGAAAAGACUAAAGCAAUUAUGGUUACAUAAUGUACAUAAAAUGUUUUUCAGUAUAAAUUUGUAAUUGUAAAAAUUAGGAUUGUUGGAAAUGACA